UGAAGCUCAUGAGGAUUAUUUAGCAAAUGGAUAUACAACUUUUUUGGAUGCCAAUGACGUUUCGAAUCGCUCCAUGGUGGCAGGUAAAGGUAAAACAUUGAGUUACGUGUCUGGUGAGGGGAAAAUGGCUCUCUCCAGACGGAAAAGAGACCUUCUGUUCCCCAACGGAGUUAAACUUUGCUCACAUGAGACGGUGCAACAGGCAGCACAGAAUCAUCUCAACUACUUUCACCUGCGAGUGUGCCAGGAAACAGUUUGGGAGGCUUUCAAAAUCUUCUGGGAUCGUUUACCUGAGAAAGAAGAGUACCAGAUCUGGAUGAGGAAAUGUCAAAACAGUAGUGUUAGCGUGUUUGACAUUGGCCGGAGCUUUAGCCAGUCAGCUGAGCACCUUGCUCUGAUAUCAAGUAGGGUAGGAGCGGCUUCGAUGAUAUCAACAAGUGUACCCACCAGCCCAUGGCAGCCUGAAUGCAGACAUCAGACAACGACUACUGCGCCAACACAAGCAAACGUGGCCACAACCAAACAAGUCAGUAUUCUGAUUCCUGAAGCAGUAACAGAUUCACAGGAUGCCACACCACAGACCAUUGCAGACCAAAUCUUAAUCACCACUACGGCUGCAGAGCUUCGAAUGACGCUUGAGCCUCGUCUUAUCACAGCUUUUGAGGCUUCACCAAGCAUAAGCACUAGUUCACCUUUAGAACUCACAAGUAAGGCCACUGUGAAACCUGUUUCAGAAACUGAAGUGCAAGUCAAACUGGAUGCUACCGAGGGUCUUGUCAAAACAUUGGAUGUUACCAUUCAACAUGAAGAGGUUGACAUAGUCUCAGAGUCUAAAUUAAUGAACACCGAUAGAACUCAAGAGGAGUCUACUUCAAGAAAAUAUGAUUAUGAGAUUCCCACAACCUUUGAGGAUUCACAAGAAAUAAGCACUACUAUUCCUACAGUGGUCACCAGUGAUUUUACUGAAGAGCUUUAUUCAGAAACCGAGUUGGUACACGAUGCUACCGAUAGCCCAUUUAAGACAACAGGUGUCUCCUUUCAACAUGAAAAUGUUGACAUAGUCUCCGAGUCUAAAUUAAUGAACACUGAUAUAACUCCAGAGGAGUCUACUACGAGAAAGUAUGAUUAUGAGAUUCCCACGACUUUUGAGGACUCAUUAGGAAUAAGCACUACGAUUCCUACAAUAGUCACCUACAUUAGUGACUCUACUGAAGUGCUUCAUUCAGAAACAGAGUUAGGACAGGAUUCUACCGAUGGUCCGGUUAAGACAGCAGGUGUUACCAUUCAAUAUGAAGUUGAUGUUGUCUCUGAGUCUACAUUAUGGACCACUGAUAGAACUCCAGAAGAUUCUACUUCAAAAAAAUAUGAGUAUGAUAUUCCCACAAACUUUGAGAAUUCACCUGGGAUAAGCACUACAAUAAUCAACAGUGAAUUCACUGAAGAACUUCAUUUAGAAUCCAAACCGGAGGUGAGACUGGAUGCUACUCUGGGUCCAAUUAACACAGCAAUUAUUACCAUUCAACAUGAAGAGCUGAACAUGGUCUCUGAAUCAACAUUAAUGACCACUGAUGUACCUCCAGAAUAUUCUACUUCCGGAAAAUAUGAGUAUGUUAUUCCCACAUCCUUUGAGGACACACUAGGGACAAGCACUAGUUCACCUACUGAACUCAGAAACGAGACCACUGUGAAACAGGAUGUCACUGAGGGUCUUGUUACGACAGCUGAUGUUACCAUUCCACAUGAAGAGGUUGACAUUGUCUUAGAGUCUACAUUGAUGACCACUGAAAGAAAUCCAGAAGAUUCUACUUCAGCAAAAUAUGAUAAUGAUAUUCCCACAUCUUUUGAGGACUCACUAGGGAUAACUACCAAUACUCCUACAGGAGUCACCAGUGAAUCUACUGAAGAGCUUAUUUCAGUAACUAAACUGGACAUUGGGCAGGGUGCUACUGACGGUCCUGUUAAAACAGUAGAUGCUACAAUUCAAAAUGUAGGAGUUGACGUUGUGUCAGAGGUUACAUUGAAGCCCCCUGAUAGAAAUCCGGGUGGUUUCACCUCUGAAAAGUAUGAGACAGAUCUCCCUACAACCCUUGAGGACUCACCAGGAAUAAGUACUAAUACCCCUUCAGUAGUCACUAGAAAAUACAUUGAAAAUUUUAUUUCAGAAACUGAACUAGAUGUUGGACAAGGUGUUACUGAAAGUCCUGUUAAAUCAGCACUUGUUACCAUUCAGCAUGUAGAUGCUGAUGUUAUCUCAGAAGCUACAAGGAUGUCCACUGAUAGACCUCCGGUAGGUUCUCCUACAGAAAUAUCUCCUGUUCAGAAUGUCUUACCAGAGGAACCAAAGCAGACAACUCCUACAGAACCACUAGAGGUUCCCCCCACAAAUGGGUUGCCAAAAGCUUUGACAGAUAAGGAUGUUGUCAAAAUCACAUAUGUGACCACAGUGCCAGAAAUGCUCUCAUCCACUACACCUGCAUAUACAUCAACUGAGGUUGCUAGAAAUUAUACAGUGGAAAACCUACUUGAAAAAACUUAUGUUGUAUCAACAGAGGACACACUUGAAGACACUGCAUUUGUAACAUUACUUGACAAAGAUGAGGAAGAGACACCCGACACUAAAGAGGGCAAACCUACACCAGAGAUGACAACAGUUAAAAAACUUCCUGAUACCGUGACAGAGAGUACUCAUGAAGUGUCGAAGGAAACUCAUGAGCCUACGGAGGUCACUCCUGAUGCUGAAGAGAAUGAUUUGGGUAAGGACGAGGACAUUAUAACUGAGACCCCAGAAGUUACGGAGGUGACAGCUGAAGAUAUAGCCAAAGUGACAGAGGAAACUACAGAAGCUUCCGAUGUGUUUACUAAGAGAGAUGCACUUGUGACAACUGCCAUUAUGAAAUCUGGUGAGAUGAUGACAGAGGCAACAGAUGUUACUGGGGUUGAAUUUGAAGACAUUGGACCAGACAAAGUAACAGUUCUUGAAAACUCACUUCAAGAUUUUGAGGGAGGAAAAAGUGAUGCUACUGCUGAAUUAGGGGAUGUAACUGAAGCGGCCAUCUUUGAGGAACCAUCUGAGGAAAGUACUGAAAGGUUUCCGGUUAAAGAGUCCACAGAAACGUCUACUAAGUUCACAAGUGUGGCCACAACUGGAAUAACACCUGAUGCUACGCUUGAUACCUCUUUUGAGAUUGUUACCCCUGAAACUGACAUUGUAGCAUUUGUAACCGAAGGCAUGGAAUAUAAGGUAGAAGAAACCCCGAAAACGGUUGAAGGUGGUGGGGAAACACUUUUCGAAGUUUUUGAAAACCUUACUGUUACUGAGAUGGAAAAAGAUAUACUGACUACUGACAUAAAUGAGGACGUACAUGAAGUUACAGAUCCAUCAAAAAUUCUAGAGGACACACAAAAAGUUGUGGUGGAAAUCUUACAUGAAGUCACAGAAGAUGUAAAUGAGACACCUGAAGUUGCAACAGAGACACCUAAGGUUGUUACAGAAGCUGAUGUUAUAACAGAGACCACUUAUAUCAUAUCUCAAGCACCUGAAGUUAUGGUGAAGACAAAUGGAGCCAUGUCAGAGACACCAGAAGUUACAGCUCAGACACCUUUGUCGAUAUCUGAACUUUCAGAGGUGCCUGAGAUUGUACCUGAAACACCUGACAUACAUGUUGUCCAACUGCAACCUGCAGAGGAUGACACCCCAACUCCUAUCUUGAAAUUGGAGGAUAUCACUGUUGUACUGAAUGACUUGACAACUACUAUUCAAAAGAUACAAUCCUCCACAUUACAAAUCUUGCCACAGGACAUUUCCAAUGAUAUUUUAGAUGAAAACAACAUGAUUGGAAAUGAAAUAGAUGACGUUGUGGUCCGACCCAUACGUCCUAUCGGAGACCAUAUUGUUGAGCUGAGUAUUAAGCUAAGAGGUGAAAGCUAUGAUGAUGCUCUGAGAGAUCCAUCAAGUUACUACUAUCAAAAUCUAUCGGAGCUGUUCAUUGAUAAGAUUGAAGAGGUUUUUGAAAAGCUCCCAGGUUUCAAGAAAAUAUUUGUCCUUGAAUUCAGGCCACAGAAGGACAUUGAAGGAGGCCUGGCAGUGGUGGUGCACUACGCUGUGGUUCUUGAGGGCGAUGGUGCGGGAAUAAGUAAUGAGACCAUGGAUUACAUAAACUUGCAUUCCAACAUGGUUGAGAACUCCUUCACAGAUCCCGAUGAGCUUCCCACUGUGGUCUACACAAUCACAGACUUCCGAAACUACAUCACCGAAGCCCUCCACAAGGAGAAUUUCAUCAGAAACACCACUCUGGAUGUGGACCCUGAUUCUUUGCAACUGGAAAAUGUGGAGACAUUGCUGCCUUCCAAACCAACCAGCAGACCGCUUGACUCCAGUGACAUGAUGGAUAAUGUUCUUGCCUCUGAGAAACCACCAGAUGUUCCUGGGCAGGAAUUAUCCAACAAUGACAUCUUCAUUGCAAACAAUGACUUCUUUAACCCUGUUCACACUUAUGAUACCUGGAUGGAUGGACAAAAUAAGGACACAAAUGCAAAUGAUGUAAUCAUCUUUGAAGAAAGUACCACUCUAUCUCCCGCAGAAGUGUCUUUGAAGAAUUUGGACAUUGAGCUUACCUCUAAAUCUGAGACCUCAAGCAGUGCACCUGCUCCUGGUGCGGAGAACGAUGGUAUUCUUGAAGAAGAAGGAUUCUUACAGCCUGCAACUACAGUCAGUCCUAACACAGGCACGAUAACUGAAGUUGUCUUACUUACAGAGUCACCUCACAAGAUAGAAGAGACACCAGUUUCUCCUGUAGAACCUCCUGAUGUUGAGGUGACUUCUCAGAGUGAUUUUAUAGACCUGGGCUCGGGCUCAGGUUUCUCUGGGGAUCACCUAGGUCCUGACAUCUGGCCUUGGGUAUCAGGAACACCACAAGAAGUCUUAACGGAUGAUGAGGAUAACGAUGACGACGAUGAUGAGGUACACCAACCUCAGGAAACUCAGGAAUCAAUAGAGGAACGGCUUAAACCUCCUCACCAAUAUCUUCCACCUGAUGAGACAUUCUUGGACAGGGUUCUUGUGACACAAGACAUUCGUACCCAUCCUUACUACACAACAACUGACCAAGCCCCAGUUUUUUUGACUAUGGAGACUUUGACUGUCGAGCUUUCUUUGCAGACCCAAGUAGCCCCUGAACUAUAUGAUGACUAUUUUCCAGAUAAAUCUACCACUGUGGGCACACUUGUGACCAAUCGACCCUUGCUACACAUCUACACUUCAGCCGAAGCUCAAGAUGUAGAUGCAUCACAAAGUCCUGAUACAGUCAGUUCACCUACUGAUAGAGACUAUACAGAACUACUUGUUACGCCCACUGUGAUCCCACUAAGCACAGCAGUAGCUACAAAUAAGUAUCCUACUUCAACAGACAACAAACAGAGUCAGGAAACUGUGGGUGCAUCAGUUGUAACACUGGCCUCCACAACAAAGUCAAGUGAAAUCCCUCCAACCACACAGUUACCUGUAAUCCUAGACAUUGAUACAGUUUCUGAGGAAGGUUCUACCACUUAUUCAGAAGCUGUUGAGCCUGUAACCAAAGGGAUCACAGAGUUACCUGUACUCAUAUGGACUGAGGUGGAAGGAUUAGAUGAAGAAGUCAAGAUUCUAGAUGAGAAGAUGGAAAGCAUCAAGCUUGUGCCUACCGAAAGCCCAGUGACUAAACUCUCGGAAGAGGAUUUAGUUGGGGAUGAGAUCUUGGUCGCAACAACAGCCCCAACAACAAUAGCCACUGAUGGACCAAGUUUAGACCAUUCAGCUUCCCUGUCUCCUGAAAAGGACUCUCCGUUCACUCGGAUAUCACAUUCAUCAAUAGAUGAGGAUGAACCUGUACCAGAAUCAACCACAGAACCUCUACCUACCCAAUCAACCACACAUUCGGUUCUGCAAGAGACGACUUCAGAGACUCCAACUUAUGCGGUGCACACUUAUAUUGCAACUAUUGCAGAGGAGCCUGUUUCAUCAGAGAAUGUUGACGAUGGGAAUUCAACUACAAUAUUUAAUUCAUCCACAAUGUCUCUCAUUCCAGAUGUUUCAGAACUUGGUGUUAGUUCCACCAAGGUACCAUCAUUUUAUAAACCAACGUUCAGACCUACCGACAAGAUGGUUAUUCCUGGAGAAACUUCAGACAACUCAGUACAAGAACACACAGUAGGGUCAAGAUCUGACAUCACAGACUUCACCCUACCUACCGAACUAGUGAACUCUGACAGUACUACUAUGAAAGUUCCUCCUCCAGUUAACCCCAAUAUAACAGAAUUUGAAGUUUCAUUUGACAUCUUCCCGUUUGAUGGACCAAGCCAUGGCGAAGAUGAUGGUAGUGGGUUCGCUCGUGAGACUGACUUGGCAAGUAUUGCCUUGCCAGCCAGUCCUGGAAGGGCAUUAAUAGUGUUUUUCAGCCUCAGGGUCACCAACAUGAUGUUUUCAGAAGAUCUGUUCAACAAGAGCUCUACUGAGUACAAGGCUCUUGAGCAGCAGUUUCUGGAGCUGCUUGUGCCAUAUCUACAAUCCAACCUCAGCAAUUUCCAGAAUUUAGAGAUCUUAAACUUCAGGAAUGGCAGCAUUGUGGUAAACAGCAGGAUGAGGUUUGGCAGGCCAGUUCCCAAUGGAGUGACAACAGCAGUGUACCUGAUCUUGGAGGACUUCUGUAAUACCGCGUACCAAACCAUGAAUCUAGCAAUAGACAAGUAUUCAUUGGAUGUUGAAUCAGGUGAUCAGGCUGAUGCGUGUAAAUUCCAAGCGUGUAAUGAGUUCUCCCAGUGUUUAGUCAACCGCUGGUCAGGCGAGGCGGAGUGUGUUUGUAAUGCUGGCUAUUUUAGCGUGGACGGGCUGCCAUGUCAGAGUAUCUGUGACAUACAGGAAGACUUCUGCCAGAAUGAUGGGAAAUGUGACAUCAUACCUGGCAAGGGAGCCAUCUGCAGGUGUCGAGUUGGUGAAAACUGGUGGUAUCGAGGUGAACACUGCGAAGAGUAUGUGUCAGAACCGCUGGUGGUUGGCAUCGCCAUUGCCUCGGUGGCAGGGUUCCUCCUCGUGGCGUCGGGCGUGAUCUUUUUCCUCGCCAGGACUCUGCGAGACCAGUAUGACACGGAUGAUUCAGAAGACCCUUUACGAUAUGCAGAGAACGUGCCAUCUCUAGAAAGAGCUACUAAGUACAAUCCCAUGUUUGAAAGCGAAGCAACUACGGGCUGUAGUCGGUACUACCGCCGUUACCCAGAUACCCCUGCGUACAGCACCGGCAGCGCUGAGAUCUCCACGGACUUCAGCAGUGAGGAAAUACGACACAUUUAUGAGAACACUGAACUUACGAAAGAGGAAAUCCAGGACCGUAUUCGAAUUAUCGAGCUGUAUGCCAAGGACCGCCAGUUUGCUAAUUUUCUCCAACAGCAUCAAGGGGCGCUUGAUGCCAGACGAGAGAGCUCUUGUAAUUAGAGUUGCAA